GUCCACUACGGCGUCUCCGGGCUAAUCGGCGCGUCAACGAAUGGGCGACUGUACGCGAGUGAGCGCGGCGAAAUCACGAGCUUUGAGGUUUCGAAAUGUGGGCUCUCCGCGCUGGCAGGGAGCGGCAGCGCGUAUCUGGCGCUGGGCGAUGAGGCCGGUGCCAUCUCGAUUUGGGAUGGAGGACAGGCGCGGGUCGUCAAAAUGGAAUAUCUGCAUGCGGGCACUAUUACAGGCAUUGCCGUCGAUGCGGCGCGUGACGUCAAGAACGGAACACUGCACGUCUACUCGGUGGCGUUGGAUUGUCGGGUGGCGGUGACGGUAUAUUCAAAUGGAGAGCUCCGCCGCGUCACCACACGCCAAACGCAAGUGCAAGAUCCGGCCGGGAUUGAGCUGGUUCUUGUCGAUGGAAAUAGCGCUGUCGUCCUCGUCUACGGGUCCGGAUUCGAAUUUUUGACCUUUCAUCUG